AUGGCUGCUAAAAAUCUCCCCAAGGUCUUCUUUGAUGUCGCCGUCAACGGUACUCCCAAGGGUCGUAUGACCUUCAAGCUUUUCGCUGAUACUGUCCCCAAGACUGCCGAGAACUUCCGUGCUCUCUGUACUGGUGAAAAGGGUAUUGGCAAGUCUGGUAAGGCUUUGACCUACAAGAACAGUGCCUUCCAUCGUAUCAUUCCCGGUUUCAUGGCUCAAGGCGGUGAUUUCACUUUGGGUGAUGGUCGUGGUGGUGAAUCCAUCUAUGGCCACAAAUUCAACGAUGAGAACUUUACCUUGAAGCAUCAAGGCAAGGGUAUCUUGUCUAUGGCUAACGCUGGUCCUAACACCAACGGCUCUCAAUUCUUCAUUACCUUUGACAGCACUCCCUGGUUGGAUGGUAACCACACCGUCUUUGGUCAAAUUACUGACGGCAAGGACGUUUUGGAUCUUUUGGAGCAAUAUGGUACUCAAAGCGGUAGACCCACUGCCAAGAUUGAAAUUGUUGACUCUGGAGAACUCAAGGAAUAA